AUGUCGUUUCCUUACAAGCAAAUUCUCCUGGUGGGUGCCACUUCCGGGAUUGGCGCGGCUACGGCGGACAAACUUGUUCAGGAGGGCAUUAAGGUAAUUGCAGUCGGUCGUCGCCAAGAAAGACUCGAUGCAUUUGUCCAGAAGCAUGGGCCAUCCAGGGCAGACUCGAUCUGCUUUGAUAUAACAGACCGAGCCGGGUUGGAUAACUUCGUGAACGAAGUCUGUCGAAAGUUCCCUGAACUGGACUGUGUGUUCAUCAACUCAGGCAUACAGAGCCAGAUCAGGCUUUCCCGACCCAGCAGUGUGGAUCUGGACGCAUUUCGCAACGAGGUGAACACCAACUUCCUAAGUGUUGUCGACAUUUCCAUCAAGUUUCUCCCAAAACUCCAAGUGAAGAAAUUUCCCACCGGAUUGAUAUUUACCGGAACGCACCUCGCUAUCAUUCCCGCUGCCACCCUACCGGCAUACUCGGCGUCUAAAGCUGCGCUUCACUCUUACGUCUACAGUCUUCGAGAGCAAUCGAGAGGUUCCAGCACUAAGAUUAUUGAGAUUUGGCCACCCGUUGUUCAUACUGAGUUACACGACUACAUGGGCCAAAAGCGAGGCCGAUCUAUGGGAAUGCCUGUCCACGAGUUCACUGAAAGAACAUACUCUCAACUUGUCACUGGUUGCGAUGACGUGCUGGUCGGUUCAGUUGGUCGAGAAGAGCCUUAUUUGGAGCUUUUCAGGUCCCGGAAGCAGCAGGCCGACGAUCUGACAAAACUAGUCCUGUCUCAUUUUGAGCUAUAG